CAGAAACCUUCAUUCCUAUCUAAGUGCACUCUACUGACUUACCUUGUGCGAUGGGGAGGGCGAAGAACGCUAAAAAAGUCAUUCGUCUACAGCUCUUUGACCGCUGUUCAGGUGGUAUUUUCAACCUGCGAUUUGAUUCGGAGAUACUAGAAUCUUUUUACUCAGAAUGUUCUUUACCACGAGCUGUUGGUCGUUUUCGGUUUGGAACUGCGUUUAUGACUCUUGGAUGUCUUGUGUGGCUGCUCUAUUCGGCAGUGAUGAGGUUCCCUCGAUGGGAGUGCUAUAUCGGAGGGCUGCUGUGUGGCAUUCUGCUCUCCGCUUCCUGCUUUGGAAUCAGCUUUGUUAAGGCUUUCUUCAAAAGGCACUUUUUGUGGAUAAGCGCCAUCUACUCAUGCCUGUGUAGCUUGCUGGCGCUGUUACCAUUUACGCUGCGUUCGCCUCCGCUAUCGCUGGCGUUCAAUCUGAGUAUUGCAACUCAGUUGAUUGUCCUUCUUUACACCAUGAUACCUCUGCGUCUGUGGCAACUACUUCUGGUCUGUGGUCCUCUCAGCCUGAUUCAAAUCAUACUGGCCAGCGCACGCUACGGAAGUAUCGGUGCGUCGGUGAUUUUUCUUCACAUCGUGGCUCAUGUUUAUGUACACACAAUCGGACUGAUCCUCCACCUGAUGUCCCAGGUUUGGCGUCGUUCAACCUUUCUUCAUCUGGGAUACAACGCUUUGAUGAGGAAAGAGCUUAAAAAAGAGCAAGAAUUGAGGGAUGAUAUGAUCAGGUCACUAAUGCCGAGUGAAGUUGCACAAGAGGUCAUGAGAGACGUCGGCAAAGACGAUGAUGCAGAUGAAGGCGACGAAGACAUGGACGGCGAGAACAGGGGAUCGCGGAAGAAGAGUCGAUCCAGGAGGAACCCGAAAAGGAAAACACAGACGGCCGAAGAAUCUGAAGAUGACAUGGUCAUGGGAGCUAUGGGCUUUUCUGACGAGUUCGAAGAUGAUGAGGAUGGGCUGAACACAAAGAAGGCCAGCACCGUUAGUGCUACAGACUAUGAUGGACAAGUUGCUGGUGAUGUGGAAGAUGCGCCAUCAGGAUCUCCGCAGGCCAGUCUCGUACCAAAAUCGACGGCUCCUCCACGUGCCGUCACAUUCCGCAAGUUCCACGUUAGCCAGCUGGAGAACGUCAGUGUUUUGUUCGCGGACAUUGUGGGGUUCACAAAAAUGAGCUCAAAUAAAUCAGCUUCACACUUAGUCUAUUUGUUAAACGAUUUAUUUGGCAGGUUCGAUCGUCUGUGUGAAGUUACAGGAUGUGAAAAAAUCGCCACCCUUGGCGACUGCUACUACUGUGUGGCCGGAUGUCCCAACCCUGUAGACGACCACGCUGAGCGAGCGGUUGAGAUGGGACGUGCUAUGUGUUUAGCCAUCCAACAGUUUGACGAGGACCACAAAGAAUCGGUGAAUAUGCGUGUUGGUGUGCAUACCGGGAAAGUAAUUUGUGGCUUGGUCGGAACACGUCGGUUCAAGUUUGAUGUAUGGUCCAAUGACGUCACGCUCGCUAACGAAAUGGAAUCAACGGGACAUCCAGGGAAAGUUCACAUUUCUGAAGCCACCUAUGGGUUUGUGAAGGACAUAUACGAAGUUUCGGAUGGUGAAGCCGUGCCGGAUAUUCGAAAAUUCAAAGUGUUGGUCGAGUUUUUUAAUAAAGAGGAGCAAUGUUUCGCCAUCAAACAUACUCAGGACGAAGCCAUGAUCAAGACUUUCUUUAUCGAGAAACGCUUCGAUGGAAAACCUGUCUAUUCGCUGCCUCCAAUCGAUUUGUCCCAAGCUGUUCCCGCAUCCACUGGUGGCACUACUGCACCCUCGCAGUCACUGAUAGACAAUGCAGAGGAAAAAGUGGGUUCUGAAAGUGACCGAAAACUGUCAACUGUCGUGUCUGCUGCACUAAAUGAGCGUCAUGCAUCCACUGAUCAGAAACCAGCUCCUGUCGAACCAGUGGAUCGUCGUUCGGACGUUCAGAUGUUGGAGGCUUUGAAGAGUCUCGCUGACGUGGAGGAUGUGUUUAUUUUUCCACCAAUUUCACCGAUCUUGCUGUACUUUUAUUCCAGUCAGGUUGAAGCAUGCUACCGGCGCUUAGGACUCAUGCGACCCAAAGGCAUGGCUAUCAAAAAGCUCUCAUGGUCCACACCUCGUAUCGCACCUUUGAUCAACGCGUCAGUCGCGUUUGUUCUAUUCAUCACCAUUCUGAUAAGUUGUUUUGUUGUUUUUCCUGACUCACGGAUGGCAACACCAUCUCCAGCUUUCUACAUCACAGCGACCAUUGCGCUGGUUCUACAGGGAAUAUUUGUUGCACUGCUGUUUGCGGACUUGGCCGCUUGGAUUGGUGGUCGCCCACCACGAAAAUCAGCAGUUUCUGGACCUGUAUGUGACUGGCGUCGGUGUGUACUCCAUACCUAUUUCAUCUGCUUCCGAUGGCGCUUACGUAACUUUAUUGGUGCUCUGUUCCUCGUUCUUCCUGCCUUGGUCAUACUUUCUAAUUUCAAUGGGUCAUUUUUCAAUGAUUUGGGAAACCUUCCUCUUCUCUUCGUCGCUCACUACCGCAUCUUGUUUGGCAUAUUCUUUGCAUUCAUGCUAUUUCACUUCACUUUGUUUAGUUCGUUUUCCUCUUGGACAAAAUCAUUGGCCGCUUGUAUCGCGUGCACCGUGGCGAUCAUUCUGAUUGCUCUACCCAAGAAACUCUUUAUUCCUUCUCCAGUGGCUGCGUUCCAUACCGUAUGGAAUUCAAAUGAAACGACCUGGGACAACGGAUUGUAUCGGCCUUGGACACAACCAGCCCUUCAUGCUGACUACGUGUGGGAGAUUAGUGUUGUGCUUUUAGUGACAUUUGCUUUGGUAGCCGCGCUGAAUCGUGAGUUUGACAUUAGCUUCCGCCUAAGUUUUCAUCGUGACUUCCAGGCACUUGAGGCCAAGCAGGCCAUUGCUCAGCAAAAGGUCCAAGCCGACUGGUUGUUGGAAAAUAUUAUUCCGUACUACAUAAUGGAUGAUUUGCGGAGAAAUAACAAGUAUUCUAAGCACAUUGUGGAUGCAGGUGUAGUUUUUGCCACCAUAUCGAACUUCGCGGAGUUUUACGAUGAACAGUAUCAGGGUGGGCAAGAGAUGCUUCGUGUUUUGAACGAGAUAUUCGCGGAUUUCGAACAUCAGCUCACCUCAGCGAAGUAUAAAGAUGUAGAGAAAAUCAAGACAAUCGGCGCAUGUUUCAUGGCUGCUUCCGGUCUGAAUAUGAUCGAGCGUGGUCGGAAUAAGAAGCCUGAUGCUCAUUUGUAUGCGUUGAUGGAUUUUGCUAUAGAUGUGAUCCACACGCUGGAUGAAUUCAACCGUCAAAUGUUCAAUUUCCAAUUUGAAAUGAAAGUGGGUUACAACGUUGGUGAAGUCACUGCUGGGGUGAUUGGUACAACAAAGCUUCUCUAUGAUAUAUGGGGUGACACUGUCAACGUCGCGAGUAGGAUGUAUUCCACAGGUCAGAAGGGUCGGAUUCAGGUUACCGAGGCUGUUGCGAAACGCUUAGAAUCUCGAUAUGUGUUCGAAUAUCGUGGCGAAGUGUUUGUAAAGGGUAAGGGUGAUAUGAAGACAUAUCUGUUAUGCCAUCGUCGAACAGAGUGAUUAAAAUCUCUUUACCCCCCGCAGAAAAGUUCGUCCCAUAGUACGCUAUUAUUUCGGGCCUAUUACUGUGGUUGAACAAAAAAUGUGAGAGAUACUGUCUGUCAUGAUGGGUUGUGUUGAAUUUUUACUUAUUUUUGCCCUGUUCUGGAAAUCGGACAGUUUCCAUUGCUUUCUCUUCCAACCUCCACUCUACAUCGUCUGUUAAGCGCAUACAUAACUUCGCUUUCAUGUUGUCAGUUUGUUGACUCUAAGUAGUACGCUACACUCUACUAUAUUCGGAUGAGACGAUUCAUUUGAACCAAUCGGGUUGUUUGGCUAUAGUUUGAGAGACCCUUUUGCUCCUUCGCAUUUGCAUUUCUUCUACUCUGUAUUUUAAGAGGCCACACCACAUAGUUGUUACAUAAGUAAUUUGUGUUUAUUUUCGUUUAUUUUUCUCUCUAUUGCUCUCCAGAGCCAGUGCUGUCUCAUUGUGUACGCGUUUUAUCCUUUUUGCUUAUUACUGCCCACUUAAGACUGCGAUAAAUUUUUCUGCCCUAACUUUGGUACCCACUCAUCCAAUCAUCCAUACAUGCAUAAUUGAAAGGGAG